CUGAGCAAUACACUCGCUUAUACUGCAACAAGUAUAUCCUUUUAGGACGAUCUUUUGGUCCUGUCUUUAACCCACUCUUACUAGAGCAAAGUGGUAGGAAAAUGAAAAUCCUUACUUUGAUCGUUUUCGCAUACGCGGCGUGCGGCGCUCGAAGUGAGGCCAGUCCAUUUUUUAAUAAACUUACUGAAAAAAGUGCUAGGCAGAAGAGAUUACUUUUUUAUGAUGAACAAGGUCGCUUAGUAAAAACUUACGGAAACCCCCUUUACCACAUUGGACAGAAUGACCAAGAAAACCUAUUCUAUUGGAGUUUCUUAAACACGUUUUUAAGUCCCAUUUUCCCAACAAACUUGGGGAAAACUUCCAUAGCUUAUAUGGUACCAGUCUCGGACGCAGUGAUACAGAAGAUCAACAGAGACCCCAUUUACCAGAACAAGCUUUUCAUUCUAACAUAUAGAGACCCAAUAGUGGAAAUCAAUCCUCUCUGUUCAGGAAAGCGAGCUCAAAUACCUUCACCGAAUCUGUGCAACAAUUUCUUAAACUGCUGGGAUGGUUGGGCGUUUGAGCAGGAAUGUCCAACUGGUCUUGUUUUCUCCAAUGAAGGGUUCUGUGACUACCCCUAUAACGUUGACUGCAGAGAUAGGAAAUUGAAAGAUCCACGACCACCAUGCAAUAAGGACUUCGAAGCGUUCACUAACGAAGCUGACUGCAACGAAUUUUUCGUAUGCGUAAGCGGUCUUCCAGUCAGAUUCAAGUGUCCCGCUGAUCUCGUCUAUAGCGAGAAUCUUGGAGUGUGUGACUAUAAAAGUAGAGUUGAAUGCAACGUCACUCUUGAAACAACGAAGGUUCCAUCAACUACACAAAUGACGUCAUCUUCUUCAGAAGCAAACUCUAUUAUACAAAACGUACCUGGUUUUACUGCACCAGCUAUUCCAUCUUCGACGUCAGCUCCCGCAGACAAGAAAGUCGUGAUAAAUAAAAUGGAAUAUAAUACACAAACAUGGUCGUCUACACACGUCGCUUUUUCUCGUCAAGAUGCCAUUCGCCAACUUGAACUUAACCGAAUGGAUCAAGUUAAUGAAGAUAAUUAAAUAUCACUUUUUUGUAAGGCUUAUUAUAUUUUAGAAUUUGACA